GUGACCGGCCUGACCGGAAGGAACUCUGCUGCGAGAGGCGCGUUUCCGCUUCCGGGAGCAAUGGCGGCCUGGGCGCUGGUGCUGCUCGCGCUGCUGAACGCGGGGUUCGGUCUCUUUACGUCAGCUGGUAAGAUGAAAAUCGUGGAGGAGCCGAACACCUUUGGAUUGAACAACCCGUUCCUACCUCAGACAAACAGGCUCCUUCCAAAGAUGGCACCUUCCCCAAUCUCAGGUCCUGCACAUCUCUUUAGGCUUGCUGGCAAGUGUUUCAGUUUUGUGGAAUCUACGUAUAAAUAUGAGUUCUGUCCUUUCAAUAAUGUGACUCAGCAUGAGCAGACCUUUCGGUGGAAUGCCUACAGUGGGAUUUUAGGUAUUUGGCAUGAAUGGGAAAUUUACAACAACACAUUUGUUGGCAUGUGGAUGAGAGAAGGGGAUUCAUGUGAAACCAAAAACAGAGAGACAAAGGUUCUCCUUAUUUGUGGAAAAAACAAUAAGUUGGCUCAUGUGUCUGAGCCGAGUACUUGUGUUUACUCUCUAACGUUUGAGACUCCUCUUGCUUGCCAUCCUCAUUCUCUUUUAGUUUAUCCAACACUGACUGAAGCCCUACGAAGGAAGUGGGAUGAAGCAGAGCAGUCUCUUUACGAUGAGCUAAUAACUGAACAGGGUUACAAAAAAUUGUUGAAGGAGAUUUUUGAGGAAGCAGGACUUUUAAGAGCAACAGAAGAAAAGGAGAUUGAGAAAAAAAAUAAAAAGCUAAAAAGUCUGGAAUUUGAAACAGUAGAGAAAUGCAAUAAGGAGUACAAGAAACUUUCUAAAGAAAUAAAAAGGCUUAAAGAUUUAUUAACUCAACAUGGUGUUGUGUAUGAAAGAAACACAGCUGAAAAUACAAGUGCUGAACACGUCAUUCAUAAAGUGGUGACUGCAAAGCCAAGUGUUCUGAAUGGUUCAAAGGCUAAUGAACACCUACGGGGAGACACAGGCAUUUGGAAUGACACCUUUUAAAUAAAUUUGUCUGACUGAUAAAUAUCAAGUUCAUAUAAACUAAAAUAUUGAGCAAAUUGGAUGUAUAUCAUAGUACUAAGAUAAUUUAACAACGCUUUGUGAAUAUUUCUAAUGCUCUAUAUUCUUGCCCUAAGGCAACAGGAAGAGAAUGUUUGAGUUAAAUUCUGGUGCUGCCGUUGCAGACAGCUGUUGUAGUUCAGGUUACAAGGAUGUUUAAGUUGUAAAAAUUCUCUUUGCUGAAACUGUUACCAACCAUUGGGUCUGCAGACUCUACUUCUCCAAUCUCAGUUCUGUGCUGUUUGCUUGGAUCAACUAUUGCACUAAUUAGAGUGAAAGGUGAUUGGUUGCAUACCCAGCAUCUGUAUUUCUGCCUGAUGUGGGGGGAACAGUUUUGUCCUCAAGUUUGGAUGGAUGACUAAACUUCUUAACCACUGAUAGCAGGGGCAGCUUAUUUGCCUUUGGGAAGGAAUAGUUCACACUGUACUUGCUAAUCCUGUAGCAGCACUGAUGAGGCUAGAAGGAUGGAGUGAUGUGGAACCUUUAGCCAGAGAUGAACAUGUGAGCAAAAAGCAAAAUCUACCUUCUAGUCUUUCAGGUAGAUUAUAUACAGUAUACUCCUAUUUAUCCAAAACCCGAUUAUCCAGACCUCUGCAUUAUCCAAAUCCCUUCCUUGUCCCCCAGCAUGAGAUACAUGCCCUCUGCAGCAUGUCUCUUAUGCUGGAGGAAAAGGAAGGGAUUCAGAUAAUGUGGAGGUUUGGGUAAUAGAGCAGACACUACUAGCCAGGACUGCAAGGAGGAUGAGCCCCCGGCUGCAGAGAAGACCAUCCUGCUGCUGAAUGAGCCCUCUGCAGCACCGCUGUCAUGGGAGUGAAUGGGGCUAAGACAGCAGAGCUGCAGAGGCCUCCCUGUGCUGCCGCAGUGCUGGUGACACCCAAUCCCUGCAGGCACAAGGUGCAGUGGGAAAGCUAUGGUCCUGGUAGGGCAGAGCAGAGACCUCGGCAAGGACUCUGUUCUGCCCUGCCAGGACCGCAGUCUUCCUUGCGCCUGCAGGGAAUUGGGUGUCACUUGUCAUGUGGCUGCACAGGGAGUCCUCUGCAACGUUACUGUCACAGGAGUGAGUGAGUGGGGCAGAGCAGAGACCCCUGGCCAGGACUGUGAAGAGGAUGACAAGCCCCUGGUUGUGGAGGAGGCCACCCUGCUGCUGAAUGGCCUCUUGAUUAUCUGAACCAAAUCUGUGUCCCUCAUGCUAUUCAGAUAAUUGAGAGUACACUGUAUUGAAAAAAAUAGAAGGAAAUGACUGCAUAAAGACUAGAGAAAUUACUCCACUUUAAAGCUGUAAGGUGUAAAUAGUUAUUCCUUUAACACCUAUUUCCACACUAGCAGCUAAUAUUCACCUCUUACCCGUCUCUGCUAACAAUAACAAAUUCUUGUCUAAGACAACCAUCACACAGUUUACUAAAAGUUAAGACUAACAGAACGACCAUGUGUAAGUAGGAUACUCUCCUCCUAACCUUCUAGUUUGCUUCAGGUGGCCAUGGUGCUCUCUCACAAGUUCUUUCCUACCUCAGCUUUGGUGUUGGCUCAGGACUUCUUUGGCCCUGAGUGCUGCCCCUCUUCCCCUGACUUUUCUCUCCAGCCAUCCACAGCUUGUUCCUGAUCCUUCUAGUCACAUAUUGGGGUACUGUCACAAACACUAUCAUUUUUGUGUGCAUUUUGCAUUUACUACUCCAAACUUACAUUGUAAUAGAUUUCAAAUCAAGGAAAUCUUGGUGAUCCAUUCAGCAUACCCUGUGCAUAAUGUCAGAUGUGAAUGCAAAAUAAUUACACUACUUUUCAGACAAGAUCUUGCAAACUGAGGUAGAGUCUGCACUGCAUGAACAUUAAAAUCACCGUGCCAGUUUAAAGAGUAAGCCUUUUCUCUUUUGGCUUAGGCAAAAAUGUUCCUUCUCUCUGUGGUGUGUAUCAUCUGCAACUGCCGUUCUCCCGCACUAGGAUUGUUUGCAUUUGACAGGUGCUUACACCUUGGGAUUCUUAUGGAUGAAAAAUGAAAAUCGAAUGUUUUGUUUUUUUUUACAGAAGACCAAUAAUGUUUAAGGAGUGUAUCUCUAUUCUGUAUAUUAUUAUAAAGAAUAAAUGUAUGGA